CUGGAGGGAGUAAAACCCCGGUGGCGCGUCGCGUGAGGCGCGAGGCCUGGCCCGACUGGCCCGGGGUUGGCGUCACCAGAUAACCCCGCCCACAUGACCCCCUCCCCAGCUGCGCUGCUGCCCUUCAGGGCUUCAAUUCAAUUCUCCGCGUGCUCCCACCACCGUAUAUUCACUUGGCGCCCGCCACCAGUCGACGCUCACGUCGUCAUGGCGCAGCGAGAGGCGCCGGCGGGCAAGGCUCCAGGCCGCGGGCAAGGCGGCGGGACGAGGCCCGCUGGGCACGUCGUCGACCUGGAGACGGGCGGGGAGCGAGUGGCGGGGCCAGAAGGGCGGGCGGCGUGGGCGGCCGCGGCGGCCGUGGCGGGGGCGGGGCUGGCGGGGGCCGCCGUGCUGGUGUGGUGGGCGCUGGCGUUCCACCCGGCGCACCAGCAGCUCUGGAUGGUGCCCGUCGGCCUCGUCCUCCUCGGCACGCCGCUCGUCGCCUGGCUCUCCCUGUUCGCCUCCGGCGCGGGACGCUGGCUCGGCCGCCUCCGCGCCGGCGACGCCCGCCCGCCCGUCGCCGCCCCCGCCGUGGUCCCGGAGAGAUGAACCGCCCGUCAUAUCCGUGCAGGUUCAGUGAUCAGUAGGGUUGGGUCUUGGUCUUGGGUGUACAUUUUUUUCUUCUUCUUCCCCGUCUUUCUUUGGUUCUUUUUACUCUCUGCUACUACUGAUUUGGUUGUUGGUUGGCAGCCGUGCAGUAUUUGCACUUGAAUGCAUGGAUUUUAGUUCGCCAGGUAAAAUGAAAUGAAAUUGAUCUUCCAAAAAAAUGAAAUGAAAUAUAUUGCGGCUGAACUGCCAUCUGCACCGUCCCGAGGCUCAGAGAAACUUUGAAAA